AGUCAUUUUACAAGUAUCAAGCUGUUUAUUUUUCUAGCAGUCACAAACCAAACAGAACUAAAAUGGCCACUUUUCAUUCUGUUUCUAAAUGUCUAUGUUUUCACUUUAGUGGAAAAUUUGGGCAUGAUUUUACUAAUCAAGACUGACUCACAACUACACACGCCCAUGUAUUUUUUCCUUAGCCAUUUGGCUUUUGUGGAUAUCUGUUAUUCUUCAGCCAUAACCCCCAAAAUGUUGGCAGAUCUCCUGUCAGGGAGAAAGAGCAUUGGCUUUUUCAGUUGUGCUAUCCAAAUGUUUUCAUUUGUCAUAUUUGGGAUUACUGAGUGCCUACUGCUGGCUGUAAUGGCUUAUGAUCGUUAUGUGGCCGUUUGCAAUCCCCUACUUUACUCAGUCAUCAUGUCUGGCAAACAGUGUAUUUGGCUUGUAGCUUGCGCAUAUGCAGUUGGCCUGUUCCAUUCUGCUACACAUACUGUGUUCACUUUUAGCUUAUCUUUCUGCAGAUCGAAUAAAAUCAAUCAUUACUUCUGUGAUAUUCCUCCACUUCUCCAACUGUCUUCCUCUGACACCCACAUUUAUGAGUUGGUGAUAUACACACUGGUUAGUGUAAAUUGUCUAACCACCACAGUGACCAUUAGUGUCUCCUAUUCCUGCAUACUGAUCACAGUCCUGAAGAUACGAUCGGCUGAGAGCAGGUACAAAACCUUUUCCACCUGUACCUCCCACAUGACAGUUGUUAUCAUGUUCUAUGGGACGAUUUUCUUCAUGUACCUACGACCUAGCUCCAUGUACGCACUGGAUCAGGACAAAGUGGCAUCCAUGUUCUACACAGUGGUGAUCCCUGUGCUGAACCCCCUGAUUUACACUUGGAGGAACAAGGAAGUGAAAGACGCCCUCCAACGACUGAUCAAGAAGACAUUGUUAUGGUGA